AGAUCGACGCGACGACGAGUGGUCGGUAAUUCGAUUUAGCAAGCUCGUUAAUGGCGCAUAACGAAGGCGGGUAACGGGCCGAUGAAUGACCAUCGUCGUUUCUGGUAACUACCCGUCAAGAAAAUUUGCAUAUUAAUAGAUGUCUGUCGAGGGAAUUGAUGCAAAGAGGGAAAGACAGGCUUGGAAGGACAACGGACGUUUACGACACACGGGGGUUAACUAGGACGAGAAGCGAGGAUUUCGCACGGCAACCAAGAUCAUGUCGAUCGCGAGGGAAAACCGUUAACAAAUACACCGACGAAGGUUCUUCAACCCCCUGUUCCCCACCAUUUCCUCGCUUUUCUCCGUACCCUUUCUUCUCGUUCCUAUAAAACAAAGCGCACUCAGCUUCAAUGGCACAUUCAACGUCCUUCCGUCUUCGCGGAUUCGUGUUUUCGCGUUCUCGCCCUUUCUAUUCCUCGAAUAGAGAGCACCGGGUAAAGAGCACGGAGUAGAGAGAGCGGAAAAAUACUAAAUUGGAAUCUAUCCGUUGUUCGGGUCUAUCGAGCGAAAUGUCCGGUAUCCACGCUGUCUCUGUAGUCACGUUGCUGGUGGUUGUCCUUCUGUAAGAAUUUCUAAUUGUAACGUUUUGCUAAUGUUCGUCUUGUUCUUUACGUUUCCUAUCUACAAAGUUUCGAUAGGUCCUAUAUAGCGAAUAAAAGUUAUGGUAAUGAAAACGAAGACGGAGGCGCGUAAUAACGAUAACGUUAUCACUCGCAGGUACGAUAGAUGCUUUGGAUACCCAUCGAUCAGGCAACGGGCAAAUUUCGGACAGUUGUGCAAGAGCUGCGGUGAUUCUUGCGACAAAUGCGAAUUCGGCGUGGUGAUGUCCCUCGCGUGCGGAGUUCCACAGUGCGCGAAGGGUCCCGAUCAGACGUGCGGAGGGCCCAGGGAUCUGUUUGGCAUGUGCGGCGAAGGCAUGUAUUGCAAUUGCAACAAAUGUACCGGUUGCAGUUCCGAAGAGUUCGAAUGUUCGAAGAAGGAUCCCUGUUUACCCGAUUCGAUCGUACAACUUCCUCAUUUCGAUAGAUUUGGAAGAUUGCCUACUGCCAUGUAAACUUAGAUUAGAUAGAUAGAUAGAUAGAUGGAUAUACGCGCGUAUGUAUAUUUAUCGUAAAAAAGCCGACAAAUAUAACCGACUACGAAAGCGAAAGAUUCGAACGUUUUCCGACUAUGAAAAUAAGUACAUAUACGGGGACCGUAUGUAUACGGGGAAGAGAAUAGGUUUAUUUUCUGUUUCACUAGUAUCUGCUAGAGUGCUAGCUAGAUGUUUCGGUUAAACUUCGAAAAACUGUCUACCGCGUGCGAUCGACCGAAAGUUCGUAAGAGAUGUAAGAAAGAUGAAUCUAUCACGGUUCCGAUGCUCUACGAACUAAUCUAAUUAUCCCCCUUUAUUUUUUAAAUAAAAACUGAACGUUAGAAAUUCCA